AUACAACAUAACCUAAGAAUUUUACAAAAAUUUUGUUAUUUAAAACAUUUUUUGCAAAAUACUGGUAAUUGUGCUGAAAUUAACGCAAAAAUGGAUAUCUUAAGUAGACCUGCUGAAGAAUUUGAAAAUGAUCAAUCUCUGGAGGCAAUGUGGGCCAUAAAGGCUUACGAACACGCAGAGGUUUAUUUUAAUAUCCUCUGUUCAGUGGAUCCAAAACUGUUACGUCUUACCCCACAUGAUGACCUAAUAUAUAGGCUAUUUAGAGAAGAAUUUCCUAAAUUUGAUGUUAAUUUUAUAAAAGAGGACGAACUAAAAGGCGAAGAGGCAAAGGAGAAGUGGAGGCCUUUUUGUGAAAGGUUUAAAGAUAUUAUUGAGGACUAUAGUUUUGGAACAUUACUUAGAAUAGAUGCAUCAAAAGAAUAUGAUGAAAAUAAUUCUAUUCUUGUUACUAGAAUUCAGUUUUAUGCAAUAGAAUUAGCUAGAAAUCGUGAAAGAGUGAAUGAUAUCAUUAGAAACAAAUUUAAUGUGAGAAAGGAGAAAGGUGGAUAACAAUUUGCUAAUAUUGCAAAUAAACUUUACAUCUGUUUUGCCUAAAUAAUAGUAAGUAAUUUUUAAGCUUUAUAUCUAAAACUUUUGCUAAAUAAAAGCCAAUAU